GAGGUAGCAAUCAUUCUUUUCACUGUUACGUGCACAGCAUCUGCACGAUAUUUCAGCUUAAUUUACGGGCCGUGGGGCUCAGAAACUCCCCACACUUAAUGUUUGUUAGCGGUAACAAGUAAGGGGUGUAGCAGGCAGUAAACAGUAACUGAACUAUAGGUUAUGUUCACAAACCUUGCUUUAAAACAACUGCUAGGAGGGGGUUUGCCACUUGUAGCGAUCGUUAAAGAUGAGAACAUUUUUGUUAUGGCGCUCGAAGAACAGGUAGUGCUCGCAAUCCUCGUUAUGUUAAACAUUCUAAUGCUAAUCACUUGCCUCUUCGUAGUUUGGCUCUCAAAACAAGUAAACACUUCUAUCUCGAAAAGCCGGUGAUAGAGUAUCUUCGAGAGCUAUCUUUGAAAUGUAUUAGAUAGAAAGGGAAAUUUAAAUGCCUAUGAUUCUGUGAGAACAAGACGAAUGGAAAUGUAACGACCGCUAGAGCCACGGAAUUACACGUUUUACACUGCAAUGAACGUUAUUCAUAACUAUUCUCAUGACCGUGGAGGACUUCAUCCUUCUGGUAGGGACGUUCGUCGCAUUCGUGGCGUUCGUCCUGUGGUGCUGCUUCCCGGUGGUGCCGAAGGAGGGCAAUGGAGGAGGGAGCUCCGGAGCGGACGGCGGCGGCAGCGAGCCGCCGCGGCAGUACGACCCGCGGGCGGGCAUCCGUGUGCACGGUCACGGGCACGGCAGCUGGUGGGGUGGGCGGCGCGGGCGCAGUGCCGGCGGGCACGCGCUCUCCCCGGUGUUCCGGCGCUACGAGCCGCUGCCACUGUCGUAAUGGGCACUCCCGCCCGACAGGACCUCGUGAGACGAGUGUUAUAUUACUUGCGACCGAGUUGUGACUAGGUCGAGCCGUUUGUAACUCGACACGAGUGAAUUUUUUUUACAGUGUUUUCCUUUUUGCUAUUGCAAAAUCUUACACUGGAAGUGAUGUCGAGUGUCUCGAAGCGGCUCAGUUUGCCGUGUCGGGUGCGAUUUGGCACUGGACACCCGAUGAAGUGACUUUCCCCCCAUUACUGGCACCAGCGGUUUUUGUGAAGUGAGCACUAGUGCCACUGUUAUUGGGGAGAACGAGUGAGUAUUUAUUGUCUGUAUUAUGCUGCAUUUAUUAAUGUUUCCCGAUUUCAUAGUACUUGAUGUUUUGUCCUCGGGCACGUGUUGCAAAAGUUGAUAUAGUAUGCACUAGCAAAAUAUAUUAUUGUUUAAUAUUCGCUUGUUACAGUGUUCGCCUCCAAAUUAACACCAUCUUACGUGCAUUUUCCGGAGAUCCUUCUGUUUUGUACUGUACUUAAGGGGAAUACUUUCGGUAGCACGGCUGGGACGACUGUUCCAUUUUAACGUCCGGUAGCUGGAAGAAUACCAUAUUUGCUUCUUCCGGGAGCUGCGGGCGACAGGUCAAAAUGUGUCAGUGAUGCAGACUAGGCAAACUUUUCUGCUUACCCAGACACUGGAAAGUAUGCAUUUUCUAAAUAUUAUGUGGUUAACACCUUUGUCUAGUGCAAUUUAUGGCUGUAACUUACCAAUUAUGAAUAUUUUUGUUAGCAAUACACCCUCUUAAGAUGCAGUAAUUUAUUAUUUAUUUUUUUAUUUUAUUUUUUCUCAUGUUUUAGAGAUACAAUUUUAUUUUCUAGGAUUACAGAUAGAUAUUUUUUUAAUGUUAUAGCUGCUUAUUGUACUUGCCAAUAUUAUUGUAAAAAUGUAAGAAAUUGUAAUCUGAAGCUUUUUAUUGGUGUGUACCUUUUACAACUACUAUUGGUUCCCGAUAGUAUUAAGAUAUAACUAGUCACGUGUGACCGUGGUCACUUACAGAAGACUUGCAUCCUUUGUAGCAGACUGGAAGAAGAAUUGUCAAAAUAUUUAGCACGCCUUCAGGGAGUGAAAUUAUACCCUCUUUCUGUGUGA